CAAUGAAAUAUCUCCAAUGGCGGAUAUCACAUAUAUCUGUAAAAGAACGGCGGUGAGCACAAAGCCGGUCCAACCCGGAAAAUACUAUCCGCUUUCAGUUCUUGAUCGCCAAAUGGAGAGAAACCACUUGAGGAUCGUUUUUUACUACCCGUCAAUGAGGGACAUGGAAGCUGGGGAGAUGAGCCAGAGGCUGAGAGAGUCUAUCUCCGAAGUGCUUAACCAUUUUCCGAUGGUUACGGGCCGGCUACAGAAGAAUGGGAAAGGGGAAUGGAUGGUUAAAUGCAACGAUGCCGGAGUGAGAACUGUGGAAGCAAAAGCUAAAGGGAGCGUAGAGGAAUGGUUAAAAUGCGUGGAUAGGGAGAAAGAGGUUAAGCUUGUUUAUUGGGAGGAAAUGUUCCAUAAACCAUAUUUUUGGUCCACCUUUUAUGUUCAGACAACUCAAUUUGAGGAAGGUGGCUUUGCUAUUGGGCUAAGUUGCAUUCAUCUCCUUUCGGAUCCUAUUUGUGCAACCAUGUUCAUCAAGGCCUGGGCUGACACAAGUAUUGCCCGCAGAAUGUUGUCUCCUCCCUAUAUACACCCACUACCACCACGAAGGCCGAUCAACAAGAAAACUAACCAUAAGCUUUGCACUUCCUUGAUUAACCACUACAAGUUUGCAAUUGAGAAAACCAAAUCUACUACAUUUAGAGACGAAAAGCACACCACUAUUACUCUUUCUUUUACAGACCACAUGGUUCGGACAUGCAUGGCCAUGGUCCAUACAAAAGGCGAAGCAGAGACACCCAGCACAUCUCCCUUCGAAGCCUUGGCUGGGCUCUUUUGGGUAUGCGUGAGCAAAGUGAAAGGAGUGAGAAAUGGGCUUGUAAACAUGUCUAUAUGUCUCGAUGUGAGAAGGGUUCUUGGCUUGGACAAAGGUUUCUUUGGAAAUUGCAUGAUUUAUAACAAAGUUCAAACAGAGAUUUUUCAAGAAAAUUACAGCUUGUCACAAGCUGCUAGGGCUGUAGGAGAGGCGGUGGCAAAGAUGGACAGUGAGGGAAUCAUGGAUUUGAUUGAAUGGCUUCAAUGUAACGAUAACCGAUUACCACCGCUGAUGAACGGCUGUGAUCUUGUUUGUGCGAGUUUAGAGGCUGUGGAUCCGCAUUUGGCCAUGUUUGUAGAUGGGGUUGCACCUAUUCGGGUGUCAUAUUAUGUUGAGCCGUCAUUAGGAUUAGGGCAGGUUUUGAUCCUUCCGCCACAGCCUGGAGAGGGUCCGUUAAGUAGGGUGGUGAUGGUUACCCUUCCUGAGGAUGAGGUGUCCAGGCUUUGUGAAGAUGAUCUUAUUUUGCGUUUCUCACCAACUGUUUUGGCAGGACUAAAAGAUUAAUUAGUUCUAAUUGAAAAGGAAUAAAAAGUAACAGAAAGUUGCAAAGCCAACUGUUGAAGAAUAUCAUAAAAGAAAGUUUUUAUACAUUAAGAAUUAUUAAAUAAAUAAUUUAAAGCUCAUUAUAACAAAAGCGUAUAUGGAGGAAUAGCACUCAUACUCUAUGUCUAAACGUUAGUCUCUCUCCAUAUUAACUAAUUUCGUGCACUUAGAUUACAUUAACUACAAGAUUUAUAGCCAAAAAAUAUAAAAAUUAAAAUAAAAACUAGAUGAUUAAGGGAUUAUUGCAUUUUAGUACUUCUGUUGGGAUGAUUAUAUACUUUUUUUUCCCUUUCGUUUUUCCAUUUGAAAAAUCAUUGCAACAUAUUCCAAGGCAUUUUAUGAAUGUCUAUAAUAUUCACUUGUAGUUGACCAAAUAUUAUUGCAUUUUUUCUCGCAUCUCAUAAUUCAAGUUUUGUGUUGUAUUU